ACAUUUAUUUGGGGGUUGUUUGAUAAAUGUCUCACUUCUUGAGCAGGUCAUUCUCCCCAAAGUCUGCUGUGCAUGUCGUUGCAUCUCUAAACCCUUGAGCGGUGGUUGGUCCAGAAAAGAUGAUUAAUAAAAACAUGAGAAAUAAAUGAAGGGAUUGAAUGGGAGUCUUCCUUCCUGUAAGAAACAUGCUCGGCCGGGCGUGGUGGCUCACGCCUGUAAUCCCAGCACUUUGGGAGGCCAAGGCAGGGGGAUCACCUGAGGUCAGGAGUUCAAGACCAGCCCCGCCAACAGGCAAAACUGCAUCUCUACUAAAAAACCCACAAAAAUUAGCCAGAUGUGGUGGUGGGCGCCUGUAAUCCCAGCUACUAGGGAGGCUGAGGCAGGAGAAUCGCUUGAAUCUGGGAGGCGGAGGCUACAGUGAUACGAGAUCGCACCACUCCACUCCAACCUGGGUGACACAGGGAGACUCUGUCUCAAAAAAAUAAAUAAAAAGAAACAUGCACCUUGGCAUCCCCCUAGAACCUGUCCCAUCUCAUCAGGACCAAAUGUGGGUGAUGGCUGUGCCUUCUACCAUCCAGAGGGUAAGGGCAGGAAAGGAGUGUGACCUGGAGGCCACUGGAGACCAUAGAGGUGAUCAGGAGUUGCAGCGGUGACAGGAAAUUGAGUAACAAAAGUGAUGGAACAGACAAGAUGACAACUGGGGACCUUGGGGAAAAUACGAGGGGUACAAUGUGGUCUAAUUUGGCAAUAGGAUGACACAUGCUGAUUGAUUAAAAUAGGUAAUGGGAUAUGCCAGACUGACGAAGAAACAGGCAAGCUGGGUGCAUUCCAGAGUUAUCGUGGAAGUAACCGGCAAAAAUAGGAACAAGGAACGGGAAACACUUUGAGCACUCAUUGUGUGUCAGGUCCUUUCCGCAUAUUACCCAUAUAUUUCCAUAGAUUAAUCUUUACAACCCUGUCAGGCACUAUUCUCUCUCCUUUUUUUCAGAAAAGGAAACUGAGGCACAGAGGGCCAAAUAGAGAUGAAUAAUCUGCUCAGAUCACAGCUGGUAGAGGUGGCAUCAGGGCUUUAUUUUAGAGACUGUUUUUUUGUUGACCUUUUAUUUUAGUUUUUGUUGGUGGUGGUGGUGGUGUUUUGUUUUUAGAGACAGGCCUCACUGUGUCACCCAAGCUGGAGUGCAGUGGUGUGAUCUUGGCUCACUGCAAUCUCCACCUCCUGGGCUCAAGCAAUACUCCCACCUCCACCUCCUGAGUAGCUGGGACUACAGGUGCACACUACCGCACUCGGCUAAUUUUAAAAUUUUUAGUAGAGACGAGGUCUUGCUAUGUUGCUCAGGCUGGUCUCAAACUCCUGCUCUCAAACAAUCCUCCUGCCUUGGCCUCCCAAAAUGCUGGGAUUACAGGUGUGAGCCACAGUGCCUAGCCGAGAGAUCUUGUUCUUAAUUGCUGCAUACCAUCCACUUUUGGUGAACAAAGUGGCCUCCAAAGUGAUUGUGGCUUAAUAGUCUAUCAUUUGAAUGGGGAACAAAUCGAGACAUGGAAGGGGCUAUUGAAGAAUUCUCUUCCACAUCUCCUCAUUGCUUGGUUCUUCCCCUUCCUCUGCUCACUAGUGUCCUUUUUGUCCCAUGUGUUAAGAUUAAGAUUUAAGAUUUACUAAUGUUGGCCAGGCAUGGUGGCUCAUGCCUGUAAUCCCAGCACUUUGGGAGGCCUAGGUGGGCGGAUCACCUGAGGUCAGGAGUUUGAGACCAGCCUGGCCAACAUGGUGAAACCCUGUCUCUACUAAAAUACAAAAAUUAGCUGGGUGUGGUGGCGGGCGCCUGUAAUCCCAGCUACUCGGGAAGCUGAGGCACGAGAAUCGCUUGAACCCAGAAGGCGGAGGUUGCAGUGAGCCGAGAUCACGACACUGCACUCCAGCCUGGGCAACAGAGGGAGACUUUGUCUCAAAAAAAAAAAAAAAAAAGAUUUAGUAAUGUCAUGUUUCUUCCUAUUCCUCCCUCCAUGCAAAAUCCCAGAGAGGCAAAUUGAACAAUAAAAAGCAUGGGAAAGAAAAAACUAGGGCUGCUUCUGGGAAGAGCUUAAGAGAUAGAAGGUAUUGAGGAGUGAGAAGUCCCAGACAAUCAAGAUUUGUGGGCUGGGCAUGGUGGCACACAACUGUAAUCCCAGUAAUUUGGGAGGCUAAGGCAGGAGGCAGGUGGAUGGCUAGAGCUCAUGAGUUCGAGAUCAGCCUGGGCAACAUGACAAAACCCUGUCUCUACAAAAAAGUACAAAAAUUAGCCGGGCCCAGUGGCACGUGGCUGUAUUCCCACCUACUCGGGAGGCUGACGUGGGAGGAUCGCUUGAGCCCCAGGAGGCUAAGGCUGCCGUGAGCUAAGAUCACACCACUGCACUCCAACCUGGGUGACAGAGUGAGACAUUGUCUCAAAACAAAACAAAACCAAACCCAAAAGAUUUGUGAGCAACAUAGAAGUGUUGCCAUAGGUUUUCAGGUCUUUUGAGAGAUGAAGUAUCAGAGAACCUGUUCACUCUUUUUGGUUUCCAUGGGUCAUGUGAGCCCUGUGGCUUAUAUUUGGGUUACAUCAGAGCAGGUAAAUCAGUUGAUGAUGGUUAAUAAUGCAGUCUCUCUAGCCAGGGUGAACUGGGUCUGUGGGGUCUCAGGAUUUAGGAUUGGAGAGAGUCCCGUCCUAGUACCCUUUGUCCAUGAAGCUCUGAGGGAGCCACAGAUUGCCAAAAGGUAAAACAGCUCAGCCUAGAUUGCCAAGCAUGGCUAGCUAGCUCUGGAGUAAAGUGAGUUCCCUUGCCCAGCCUGGCACUGCUAAUCUUGCUGUAAGCAGACUCUUUGGACAGUGAGGGUGAGAGAGGUCUGAUUAGGGAGCAGGGACCCAAGAUAGCCUCCUAGGGAGGAAGACCUCCAAGAGGCACCAGCCACCCCUGCUACUCAGUUUCAAUCCCAUUCCUAUGACCUGGUUCACCUCUCACACUACCAUUCCCCAUCUGCCUCUUAUCUUAGGAUGCUUCAGCUCUUUCAGGACACUGGUGACCACUCUCCUUUCCUGAUUUCUCAGGCCAACAGCACUCCCUGACCCAAAUCAUCUUGAAGGCAUAUAUCCCUCCAAGUGAAUGGCUGACCUGGUGCUUUACCUCAUUUUUGAGUAUUCAAAGAUUAAGCCCCAGAAAUCCAUACUUUCCUUCCUUGAGCUCACAGACCUUCGUUUGCACAUCUCCUAGGGGCCAGGGCUCACAUCUGCUACAGACUUACUCCGCAAGUUUCUAGAAUCCCUGUGCCCUCACAUGACGCUGGGUUAGUGCUCCCCCAGUGUGUGGAGAAGAACAGAGGAAAGCCAUGACACCUGGACCCCUGGGCUACAGCUCCACAGAGAGGAUUCUGGGCAAAGAUCUCACUGUAUCCACAUUCAGGGUCACAGAUGCCUUAGCCAUUGUCUUCUGGGGCCUGGGAUGCCUCUAUCCCCUGCAACCUAUUUCUGCCAUUGCAAAGGCUAAGAAUGAAAGAGAGGAGGCGGGGCGGGGUGGCUCACCUCUAUAAUCCCAACACUUUGGGAAGCCGAGGCAGGAGGAUCACUUGAGGUCAGGAGUUCAAAACCAGCCUGGCCAACAUGGUGAAACCCCAUCUCUACUAAAAAAUACAAAAAUUAGCUGGGUGUGGUGGUGGGUACCUGUAGUCCCAGCUACUCUGGAGGCUAAGGCAGAAGAAUUGCUUGAACUCAGGAGGCAGAGGUUGCAAUGAACCGAGAUUAUACCACUGCACUCCAGCCUGGGUGACAGAGCAAGGCUUCAUUUCCGAAAAAAAAAAAAACAGAAAGAAAGAGAGGAUGGGGAAGAAGAGACCUGUGCUUCCCAGGCCAGAGCCUAAGACCCAGGAUCACCCCCUCGUCUAGCUCCCAGGGACCCUAGAAGCAAUGGAUUCUCUUUGCUCUACUGUGGCCAGGCUACAGAGAUCCCCUUGAGUCUGUCCUAUCCCUUCAGAGACAGAUUAUGAAGACAGAGAAAGACAGACACAGACAGAGGGACAGAGAGACAGAGACAGGCAGAGGCCAAAAGAGAGACAGAUACAGAGGACAUCACAAAGAGAUUCAGAGAGUGAAGAAAGAUAGAAGUUCUUUUCCUGUCUUCAGGGGAAGACAGGAAAAGAAAGCAAGAGACAGAAAUAGGAAGAGAGACAGAAAUAGGAAGAGAGACAGAGCAAUAGAGAUAGAGGCAGAGAGAAGAGAAUAGAAACUGAGAAGGAGAGCCAGGGAGAAAGAGAGAAGGAAGACACAAGCCAGGGGCCAGAAGCCUCCACCUGCCCCAUAUCAUUGAGCCAAAGAAGGGAAGUGGGGUCUGAGGGAGGAAGCCAGAUCUCCCUCUCUGUGGCUCUGCCCCAUCAUCUGGCAUUGGUGUCCUUAACUUGGAGUCAGUGGACUUGGAUGGGAAAAGAAUAUUACUUCCACUAAUCUCUAGCUGAAAUUUAACAUUUCCUCCAAUUAUGACAAUAGCAACAAACCAGUCAUUUUAGCCAUAACUAUGGCUUUGUCACCAGUAGAAAUCACAUAUAUUUUUAUAUCAUAUUACAGUAUUGCAGAUCUUUUGAAAUACCAUUUAUGCUCAUCACUGCGUCAAAAUUAUGUGAGGUAUCAACCUACCACUAGAUCUUAUUUAAAGCAUUAAUAAAGAAGCACAUAUAUUACUAUGUCACGUAGGUUUUAUACCUGUAUUACAACAUAAUUGGUUUCCUUCAUAAUCCUAUAUAUUUUAUUUUAUGCACUUUAAAAUGUUAUUCUGAGAUGAGGCCACAUACUUUACCAGAUUGCCAAAGGAGAACAUGGCACAAAAAGAUUCAGAACUCUUGCAUCUAGCCCCUGACCCAAACCCCCCGGCACCCAUUCCUCAAAACUCCCUGUGCCCUUCACCGUCUUUUCCUGUUCCCUUAUUUUGCUGGGUUAGUCUGAGUCCUUAAAGAAGAAGCUGCCAAGGCAGAAUGCAAAGAUUUGACUAGGGGAGAUGCCUGUGAGAAAGGACGGGAGCCUGGAGCUGGGAAAGCUGUGAAGGAGAGAGGGAAGGAAUAAAGGUUGAGAGGAGCAUCCUAAAACACCAGUCAAAGGAAAGUUCAGCAAAGCCAUUGGGGAAUCUUGAUCCAAAGUCAGCUGUCAAAGGAGUCACCUAUCUCCCAGGAAUGGGUCUGCCUUAGGAUCUCUGCCGAGCUCUGUCACUGGCUGGGAGCAGGCCCAGUGGGAAGUUGGCUUAGAUUUCCGAGAGAAGCAGCUGGGGUUAUUGGUUAAUUUCACUCCUCACAGUGUAAGGUCUGUGAGGAGCAUUCUCACUGCCACCACAGUUGCCCAUCCAGAAAAAAGGACGUGGUGCAGGGGUCCUGUCCAUGGUGGUAGGUGAGCAUGGUAGUUAUAGAUACAGUUGGCUAUUUUCUAGCUGCAGGGUCUUGAGCAAGUUAUUUAAUGCUCCCUGUCUCCUUAUAUGUAAAAUAGAGGUGAUAAAAUUUCCUAUUUAUAGGGAUAUUUGUGAGGAUUAAUUAAAAUUUGCAAAGCAAUGUUUACAUAGAUCCUGGAGCACGGUCAGCUCUCAAUAAUUGGUAGCCCUUAUUAUGGCCAUUGCAAUUAUUAUUUUAUUACUAUAAUUCUCUUUCUCAAAGGGAAGGCCGGGAAAGUGGGGCUCCAGGAGGCUGAAGAUGACAGUCCCUCCCCUAGCUGAGGCAGCUGGAAGAGGUGGGAACCACUUCCUCCCACUCCCCUCUUCUUCCCCUGAGGCAGGGGUCUUCCCCUAGCUACUGACAGUUCCUGUGUCUGCUGACUCACAGCCAACUUCCUCUCAUACAAACAGGAAAACACAGCCGGCCAGCGCCCCCCCCACCCCCAACACACACACACACACACACACACACACCCAAACACUGGCCCUGCUCAGAGAGGGAAGUGCCUCUACCCCUGGGAGACAGGCUCCAGGACCGGGGUUCUGGCAAGAUUAGGGAAGGAGAGAGGGGCCAUUCCUCCUCAGGCCUCCCCGGCAUCCCCCGAGAAAUUUUAGGGUGGGAGAGUGGGGAGAAGGGGCGGCUUCUCCCAUGAAUGAAACAGCUGCUUGCUUGGUUACUGAGCUUGCAGGGCGUCCGCCUGUCCCAAAAAGGCAGCCCCAAACCUUGGUUUGGAAGUAGGGAUGUGCCUUGCGGACCUUCAUCCUUCGGAGGAACCUAGGCCGGGCCCUUGGGGAUGGAAGUGGGGAGAAACAGACGGAGACCCCUCUGCUGGGCCUCUGCGCUUGUUGCCCAGGCCAAGUCUCAAUUCUGGAUGUCCAGCUUCUGUCCCCCAACUAAACUGGUUGCCAGGGUCCAGCCACCCUUCUGGGCGUGGGACAGGUGCCCUGGGGGCUUAGGGCUCGACCUUUCCUCCUCCCUUUUGGCAGGACUGGAGGGCAUGGGAGCAGCGGAGAGGAUGCAAAGCCGUCCCUGGCACUCUCCCUUUCUCAGUUUCUACCUCCGUCCCAAUCUCCGUCCCGGUCUCUGCCUCUUUGUCCCUCUCCCUAAGGUUGUCUUCGUCCCAAAGUGUUCUGGUCCUUUCUCGGCCUGCGAGAGAGCAGACUGAGGACAGACUCGGAGAUAAGCGCGGCGGUUGGGCAAGAAGCCCAAACACUUUGGAGGCCUGCGCUUGCACAAGGAGUGGCCGGGGCCCCGCGGAGGGAACCGGCCGGGCGGGGCGGGGCUGGGCCCGUCUAGGGAGGGCAGAGGGGAGGCGGGGCCGGCGCGGCGGGACUCAGAGCCUCGGACGAGCGGCGGGCACCCGCGAGCGGACGGCGGCCGCGUAGUGAGCAAUGGCCUGAGCCCCCAUGGCUGCCCCUCAGGACCUGGACAUCGCUGUGUGGCUGGCCACGGUGCACCUGGAGCAGUAUGCAGACACGUUCCGACGGCAUGGCCUGGCUACAGCAGGUGCAGCCCGGGGCCUCGGCCACGAGGAGCUGAAGCAGUUGGGCAUCAGCGCCACAGGGCACCGGAAACGCAUUCUGCGCCUGCUGCAGACAGGCACCGAAGAGGGCUCCCUGGAUCCCAAAUCAGAUAGUGCCAUGGAACCAUCCCCCAGCCAAGCCCCCCAAGCCCAGCCCCCUAAGCCCGUGCCGAAGCCCAGGACUGUGUUUGGUGGACUCAGUGGCCCUGCUACCACUCAGAGACCUGGGCUGAGCCCGGCCCUCGGGGGACCAGGAGUGUCCAGGAGCCCAGAGCCCAGCCCAAGGCCCCCUCCUCUCCCCACUUCCUCCUCUGAGCAGCCUUCAGCCCUAAAUACUGUGGAGAUGAUGCCUAAUUCCAUCUACUUCGGCCUGGACUUAAGAGGCAGGGCACAGGCAGCUCAGGACAAGGCCCCAGACAGCUCCCAAACCGCUGCCCCCACCCCUGCCCUCAGGCCCACAACAGGCACAGUGCACAUCAUGGAUCCUGGUUGCCUGUACUAUGGUGUCCAACCUGUGGGGACUCCGGGAGCCCCCGACAGAAGAGAGAGCAGAGAUGUUUGUCAGGACAGGGCUGAACACAGGCUCAGCAGGCAGGAUCUGGAGGCACGGGAGGAUGCUGGCUAUGCCAGCCUUGAGCUACCUGGAGACUCCACCCUCUUAUCGCCCACCCUGGAAACAGAGGAGACCAGUGAUGACCUCAUUUCACCCUAUGCCAGCUUCUCCUUCACGGCAGACCGCCCCACGCCCCUGCUCAGUGGCUGGCUAGACAAGCUCUCCCCUCAGGGAAACUAUGUCUUCCAGAGACGCUUUGUGCAGUUCAAUGGGAGGAGUCUGAUGUACUUUGGCAGUGACAAGGACCCCUUCCCUAAGGGUGUGAUACCUUUGACUGCCAUUGAGAUGACCCGCAGCAGCAAGGACAACAAGUUCCAGGUCAUCACCGGCCAGAGGGUGUUCGUGUUCCGCACAGAGAGCGAGGCUCAGCGGGACACGUGGUGCUCCACGCUGCAGUCCUGUCUGAAGGAGCAGCGCCUCCUGGGCCACCCCCGGCCCCCCCAGCCACCCCGACCCCUCCGCACGGGCAUGCUGGAGCUGCGUGGACACAAGGCCAAGGUGUUUGCUGCCUUGAGCCCUGGAGAGCUGGCACUGUACAAGAGUGAGCAGGCCUUCUCUCUGGGCAUCGGGAUCUGCUUCAUCGAACUGCAGGGCUGCAGCGUCCGGGAGACCAAGAGUCGAAGCUUCGACCUGCUCACACCCCAUCGCUGCUUCAGCUUCACAGCCGAGUCUGGGGGUGCUCGGCAGAGCUGGGCGGCCGCUCUGCAGGAAGCAGUAACCGAGACCCUGUCUGACUACGAGGUGGCUGAGAAGAUCUGGUCUAAUCGGUCCAACCGGCACUGUGCGGACUGUGGGUCCUCCCGCCCAGAUUGGGCUGCUGUCAAUUUGGGGGUGGUCAUCUGCAAGCAGUGUGCAGGUCAGCACCGGGCCCUGGGUUCCGGGAUCUCCAAGGUGCAGAGCCUGAAGCUGGACACGAGUGUCUGGAGUAAUGAGAUAGUGCAGUUGUUCAUUGUCCUGGGAAAUGAUCGUGCCAACCGCUUCUGGGCAGGGACUCUACCCCCAGGUGAGGGACUACAUCCAGAUGCGACCCCUGGCCCCCGGGGAGAGUUCAUCUCCCGAAAGUACCGUCUGGGUCUCUUCCGGAAGCCCCACCCUCAGUACCCAGAUCAUAGCCAGCUUCUCCAGGCACUGUGUGCAGCUGUGGCAGGACCCAACCUACUGAAGAACAUGACCCAGCUCCUCUGUGUUGAGGCCUUUGAGGGCGAGGAGCCCUGGUCCCCCCCAGCCCUUGAUGGCAGCUGCCCUGGCCUCUUGCCCUCAGACCCCUCCCCUGGUGUGUACAAUGAGGUGGUGGUGCCUGCUACUUACAGCGGCUUCCUGUACUGCAGUCCUAUCAGCAACAAAGCUGGACCCUCACCCCCUCGCAGGGGCCGGGAUGCUCCCCCCCGCCUAUGGUGUGUGCUGGGAGCAGCUCUGGAAAUGUUUGCAUCAGAAAACAGCCCUGAACCCCUCAGCCUCAUACAGCCCCAGGAUAUUGUAUGUCUGGGUGUGAGCCCCCCACCUACUGACCCAGGUGACCUUGACAGGUUCCCCUUUUCCUUUGAGCUCAUCCUCACUGGGGGGAGGAUCCAGCAUUUUGGCACAGAUGGAGCUGACAGUCUGGAGGCCUGGAUUAGUGCUGUGGGCAAGUGGUUCUCCCCGCUGAGCUGCCACCAGCUGCUGGGCCCCGGGCUGCUGCGGCUGGGCCGCCUAUGGCUGCGGUCCCCCUCCCAUACAGCCCCGGCCCCUGGUCUCUGGCUGUCAGGGUUUGGCCUCCUUCGUGGUGACCACCUCUUCCUGUGCUCAGCGCCGGGCCCUGGCCCCCCAGCCCCUGAGGACAUGGUGCAUCUGCGGCGGCUACAGGAGAUCAGUGUGGUUUCUGCAGCUGACACCCCAGACAAGAAAGAGCAUUUGGUCCUGGUGGAGACAGGAAGGACCCUGUAUCUGCAAGGAGAGGGCCGGCUGGACUUCACGGCAUGGAACGCAGCCAUUGGGGGCGCGGCUGGUGGGGGUGGCACAGGGCUGCAGGAGCAGCAGAUGAGCCGGGGUGACAUCCCCAUCAUCGUGGAUGCCUGCAUCAGUUUUGUUACCCAGCAUGGGCUCCGGCUGGAAGGUGUAUACCGGAAAGGGGGCGCUCGUGCCCGCAGCCUGAGACUCCUGGCUGAGUUCCGUCGGGAUGCCCGGUCGGUGAAGCUCCGACCAGGGGAGCACUUUGUGGAGGAUGUCACUGACACACUCAAACGCUUCUUUCGUGAGCUCGAUGACCCUGUGACCUCUGCACGGUUGCUGCCUCGCUGGAGGGAGGCUGCUGAGCUGCCCCAGAAGAAUCAGCGCCUGGAGAAAUAUAAAGACGUGAUUGGCUGCCUGCCGCGGGUCAACCGCCGCACACUGGCCACCCUCAUUGGGCAUCUCUAUCGGGUGCAGAAAUGUGCGGCUCUAAACCAGAUGUGCACGCGGAACCUGGCUCUGCUGUUUGCACCCAGCGUGUUCCAGACGGAUGGGCGAGGGGAGCACGAGGUGCGGGUGCUGCAAGAGCUCAUCGACGGCUACAUCUCUGUCUUUGAUAUCGAUUCUGACCAGGUAGCUCAGAUUGACUUGGAGGUCAGUCUUAUCACCACCUGGAAGGAUGUGCAGCUGUCUCAGGCUGGAGACCUCAUCAUGGAAGUUUAUAUAGAGCAGCAGCUCCCAGACAACUGUGUCACCCUGAAGGUGUCCCCAACCCUGACUGCUGAGGAGUUGACUAACCAGGUACUGGAGAUGCGGGGGACAGCAGCUGGGAUGGACUUGUGGGUGACUUUUGAGAUUCGCGAGCAUGGGGAGCUGGAGCGGCCACUGCAUCCCAAGGAAAAGGUCUUAGAGCAGGCCUUACAAUGGUGCCAGCUCCCAGAGCCCUGCUCAGCCUCCCUGCUCUUGAAAAAAGUCCCCCUGGCCCAAGCUGGCUGCCUCUUCACAGGUAUCCGACGUGAGAGCCCACGGGUGGGGCUGUUGCGGUGUCGUGAGGAGCCACCCCGCUUGCUGGGAAGCCGCUUCCAGGAGAGGUUCUUUCUGCUGCGUGGCCGCUGCCUGCUGCUGCUCAAGGAGAAGAAAAGCUCUAAACCAGAAAGGGAGUGGCCUUUGGAGGGUGCCAAAGUCUACCUGGGAAUCCGCAAGAAGUUAAAGCCCCCAACACCGUGGGGCUUCACAUUGAUACUGGAGAAGAUGCACCUCUACUUGUCCUGCACUGACGAGGAUGAGAUGUGGGAUUGGACCACCAGCAUCCUUAAAGCCCAGCACGAUGACCAGCAGCCAGUGGUCUUACGACGCCGUUCCUCCUCUGACCUUGCCCGUCAGAAGUUUGGCACUAUGCCUUUGCUGCCUAUCCGUGGGGAUGACAGUGGAGCCACCCUCCUCUCUGCCAAUCAGACCCUGCGGCGACUACACAACCGGAGGACCCUGUCCAUGUUCUUUCCGAUGAAGUCAUCCCAGGGGUCUGUGGAGGAGCAAGAGGAGCUGGAGGAGCCUGUGUAUGAGGAGCCAGUGUAUGAGGAAGUAGGGGCCUUCCCUGAGUUGACCCAGGACACUUCUACCUCCUUCUCCACCACACGGAAGUGGACAGUGAAGCCAGAGAACCCCCUCACCAGCCAGAAGUCCUUGGAUCAACCCUUUCUCUCCAAGUCAAGCACCCUUGGCCAGGAGGAGAGGCCACCUGAGCCCCCUCCAGGCCCCCCUUCAAAGAGCGGUCCCCAGGCACGGGGAUCCCUGGAGGAACAGCUGCUCCAGGAGCUCAGCAGCCUCAUCCUGAGGAAAGGAGAGACCACUGCAGGCCUGGGAAGUCCUUCCCAGCCAUCCAGCCCCCAAUCCCCCAGCCCCACUGGCCUUCCUACACAGACACCUGGCUUCCCCACCCAACCCCCGUGCACUUCCAGUCCACCCUCCAGCCAGCCCCUCACAUGACCCUAAGACCAGCAGUCUGAGAGGGUAGGUACCAGAAGACCCGGAAGCUCUUAUCAUGGCACUGUUGCAGCUUCCUCUGCCCUGGCUGGAAAGACUCCAGAAUCCAGUGUGGUGCUGUGGAAGGAGCACUGGACUGAAGGCUUCAGUGGCUGCGUGUCCCAGGACAGGUCAUGGCCCCUCUCUGGGCCCAGUCCAUUUAUCUGUACCAUGAGGUAACUGAAGUAAGGAGAGAAGUGAAUGUCAAACUGUGUUUCUUAGAGCCGUAAGCCCCACAUAUUUUCCCUGAACAAGGGUAGCUCCUGCUUUAUAUAUUUAAUAUGUAGGGGUUCUGUGAGAGAUUUUGGGUUUUAAAGGAAUGGUUUUACUGCAUUAAAGAAAAAAAAUGCUUUGGAAACCAGAGGCCUGGAUGAUGUUAAAGUCUAUCCUGUCCCACUUCCUACAUUCUGGGACUACAGUGAAGCCUGGAGUAGGGAGACUGAUUGAGUUUGGGAGCUGGGACUGGGGGAGUCAAAAAUAGAUCAGUAAUUGUCAAUAAACCUUGGAACCAAAAGACUACCA